UUACAAUAGGUGCGUUUUAUUACCUCUUAUGAUUCUAAGCAAAGUUUGUCGCUCUGUAAGCAAGGCGAGAGAUAUUAGUUAUACACUUAAAAGUUCUAUCAGUUUACCACAGAAGUUGAAGCAUCUCGUUAAUUGUUUCGUUAAAGUAAUACGAUUGUUCUCGGAGGUAGAAGCACUAAUGACGUUGACGAGAUACCGGAUACGGAACGAGUACGGCUUGGCGGAUAAGGAGCUCUACAGCGAUAAGGAAGAUGCUGAAGAUUUGCUGGAAGGUUCAUCAAUGGCCGGACUCGUCGGCCUUUUGCGCCAGCUUGGCGACCUCGCUGAGUUUGCUGGUGAAGUGUUCCAUAACCUGCAUGAAGAACUAAUGACAACUUCAGCACGAGGGCAAGGUUUGGCAGUUCGUCUUCAACAGCUUGAAGCAGAAGUUCCUAAUUCAGUUGAGAUACCUAUUCUGUCUCAAACGGAUCAUUCAACAUUCUUUUACGAACCAGGGUUGGAAUGGCAUUGUAAUUUGCAAACAGAAGAGAAUCUAAUUUCUCCAAGCAAGUUGCCUCAUUGUAUUACGGAUUCAUAUGAGGAAUGCCGUGGUCCGCCACAGCUCUACCUUCUUGACAAGUUUGAUGUUGAUGGGUCUGGAUCAUGCUUGAAGCGUUACUCUGACCCAUAUCUGUUGAAGACGCUUACUGCAUCAGCAGUCCUGGGAACAUCACAACUCAGCAAAGAUGAGAGACCAAACAAACCAAAGAAGAAAAUAUCACACAUUAGUAAUGGAGAGACGGCACUUGAGGAUUCACAAACAUCACAUGCUAAGUUGAAUCAGCUCUUCUUAAUGGACCAUGUUGAGAACGGACACAAAGAUCCUGAAUUUUAUGUGAAACUAAAGAAAAGACAUCUGAAUGGACCUCCAAUUGACUCAAGCUCAGGUUAUAUGGAGAAGUUCCUCAAGAGUCUGGAUCAGUCAUCUUCAGCAAUGGAAACUAAAGUUACAGCAUGCAACGUACGAGUAGACUUAUCAACACCUUCUUUGGUUUAUCUUCCAAGCAAUGAAGAUACUAGAAAAGCGAAGGAAAUGGAAGCCGUUGCUGAUGAUGAAAGACCUUAUGUAGAGGGAGGAGCAAUAAUGGUUUGUGUAGAAAGAAGCUCUUUGGUGAAUAAUGACACAGAUGCACCUGCUUCCACAGACGGUGAUGACAAGGCUGAUGGUAACUUGGAUAAUGCAGAUGUGACUCAAACAGAGGUCCUGGCUUCUAAUAUUUUGUACCACUCAACGGAGGAAGGAGAAUCUAGUCAGUUAAACGCAUCAGAGGGUGGGACCAAAGAUCUUCAAACAAAUGACGUUGAGGAUGCUCAUUCUCAACAUGUCUUCAGUGUGGAGACUGGAUCUGAGAUGUCUUUAACUGGUUUGGUGGAAGACCAGUUCUCUUCCAUAACCAAUCAGGAGACAGAGAAAGAGCCUGAUUGUCUUCUUAUUCAAAACCAGCAUAUUAGCACAUUUAACAACUUUGAAGAUUUAUCUAUGCAUGUUGAUGCAGUACAUGACAAUGCUGUUCCAAGAGAAGAUGAAACCAACACACAAGAUGGAUAUUCCAUGAGUACCGAACAGUCUGGACACAUUUCAACUUUUGAUAUCAGUUCAGAAGCUGGAACUCUGAUGUUAGAUACUCCAAGAGAUGGUCUCACAGGAAACAUGAACCCCUCAGCCUUAUCUUGUCAAGAAGACGCAUUAGCCGACUCUGAUCUAGGUGAGAUAUCAUCAGAUUCUGGACAAGAGGAUCCACAAACCAUGUCUAUUAUUGCAGAUGUGAGUAGUGAUGGUACUGAUGGUGCAGCAGGUGAUAACCAUACUAGCCUGAAUGAUAAGGCCAGUGAGACCGUCCCCGAAGUGGACUUAGAAGUAGAUCCGCAAGAGUGUCUUUUAGGUGCACAAGAAUGUUUGUCACCUGAGUAUUGCAUACAGAUACAUGGCCAAGGUCAAGAGAGCCCAUCAGAAACAGAGUCAGAAAAUCAAACAGCAGCAGCCGAGUUACUUUCUUCACAAGAUGUUCCACUUGGUGUUCAGUGUUCACCUUCAGAGGAAACACUAACAAGCAAUGAAAAGCCUUACCGUUCAAGUGAAGCUGAAGGAGAAGCUCUUAAUGCACCACACCAAGGAGCUAUCACAUCAUUAAAUGGUAAUAUCUCUGAGUCUGAUCAUUCCAUGGAACCUACUACUGAUCAAGAAAAUUGCUUGGAUGUGCCCAUGUAUCCCUUCUCCACGUCCCUCCAUGAAGCACCUCAGGAAGAUCCAGACAUAAGGCCUCCACUUCCACCUCUCCCUCCAACACAAUGGUGGAUGGGGAAGCUGUUUGAUUCUGUUAAAACAACCGAGACUCAGUUCUCUCCAGCGCCAUCACUUGCAUACAAUGAAGACACACAUAAUGGAUUCGUUCAAGCGACCGCUGCACAAGAUUCCUCAGUUACAGCAGGUGAAAACCAAAAUACUGAUGUUUAUACAGUUUCAGCACAAACUACUCUGAAUGAACAGUCUCCUUCAGAAUCAGUUGCUUGGAUGUCACUACUACUCACACCUGAAGUUACACCAGAGGCAGAAUCAGCCCAAGGUUUAGAAGCACUUGAGUGGUUUAGUCAGAACUUCAAAGAGCAUACCAAUACUAACCUUACAAAGCUAGAAGAGGAGCCUAAGCUUGAUCAACCACCAGGGGAAACAGAACGAGACAAUAAAUCAUAUGAACAGAAUGAGAAAGUUGAGAAGCUUCCAAGAGACAAGGAGUCUCUUGUUAUCGGCAUUGAUAGAAGCAUGUUGAGGAAGGUAUCUGAACGAAACAGGACACAGCUUCGAGCUCGAGUGGAAGAGAAUGAUUCACUACUGGAGAUCAUACGCAGCAAGUCAUUCAACUUGAGACCAGCAGAUGCAUCGGUGAGACACAACUUUCAAGUAGCUGCUCCUAUAACCAAUUUGAAGGUCGCUGCAAUUCUAGAGAAAGCCAAUAGUCUUCGCCAUGCAAUGGCGGGAAGCGACGACGACCACGAUUCAGAUAGCUGGAGUGAAUGAGAGUCUCCAUGUAACCUAUUCAUCAUACACACACACACACAUAUCCUGUAGUUUGUAUAGAAGAAUUGUUAGCUUCUUCUCAGAUUGUAUUUUUUGUAUCUGCUAAUGUUUGUAUUGCUCUGUUUCACACAUAUGCAAUGUAUGCCACUCUCAGUUUUUUUCUUACUUUCUUUAUUGAAAAUUUCAGUUAAUGAAUAAUUCGU